AUGGAUGCAAAUCAAAUGAAAAUGUUGUUGGAGCAACAAAUGCAGAUGUUUACGAAGAUGAUGGAGGGAAUGCAAGCGACGCAGAAUCAGGCUCAAGCGAUGCAGCGGCAAAGUGCGUCGAAUGUGCAGGUUCCGCAACCAUCGCCGCUAGCAGUGGAAGGCGACAUGCAGGAAAACAUGGAUUUUUUUGAGAAAAGCUGGAAAGACUACGCUAAGGCCAUUGGUAUGGAUCGGUGGCCGCCAGAAGAAAACCCACAGAAGGUAAGCUUCUUGCUGUCGGUCAUAGGAGAGCCGGCAAGGAAAAAAUACUUCAACUUCGAGUUGACAGCAGCGGAAGGUGCAGAUCCGGAGGCCACAUUGGCCGCCAUACGAGAGAAGGUUGUUGCGAAGAGGAAUGUCAUAGUGGACCGGCUCGACUUUUUCUCUACGACACAGCAGACUCGAGAAUCAAUCGACGAUUAUGCCUCUCGUCUCAAGACUCUGGCAAAAAUGGCUAAACUCGGAGUGCUAGAGACGGACCUUAUCGCAUAUAAGGUGGUCACGUCCAACAAGUGGCCAAGUAUGCGAUCAAAAAUGUUAAGCAUUGCAGACAUAACAUUGACGAAAGCGAUAGACAUGUGUCGAGCGGAGGAGAUCACGACUAAGCGGUACCAGGAACUUUCAGUUUUCUAUCCGGAAGUAGAGGUGAACAAAGUCGCGAAAGCUAAGUUCCGUUCCAAGCCUCAAUCACAGCGGUGCAAGUUCUGCGGAGACCGUCAUGACUUCUCUAAAGGUUCCUGUCCCGCUCUUGGUAAGCGGUGCCAUAGGUGCAACGGAAGGAACCAUUUCGGAAAGGUAUGCAAGGCCAGCAACAGAUUCCAGAACAGGAAGUCUCGUAAGGUGAAGGAGGUGAAGGACGAAAGCACUGAUUCGGAGGAGCAAGCACUUUCUUGCAAUGAAGGUUCAUCGGAAGCAAGCGAGGACGAAUACGAAAUCGGCAAGAUUUUCGAUAAUUCAUCGAAAGGAGGUGGCGUGAUGGCUGAGUUGGAUCUCAACUUUGAUAACAAGUGGAAGUCAGUGAUUUGCGAAGUGGACACCGGAGCUAAUACCAGCCUGAUUGGCCAUAAUUGGUUGGUCAAACUCACAGGAGAGGAAACCCCGCAGAUGAUGCCGUCGACGUACAAGCUCCAAAGCUUCGGUGGGAAUCCCAUCAAAGUGCUUGGGGAAGUGAAGAUACCGUGCCGUCGGAUGAAGCGUCGAUACCGAUUGGUUCUGCAAGUUGUGGACGUGGACCAUUGCCCCCUACUGUCGGCAAAGGCAUCACGUGUUCUGGGCUUCGUCAAGUUCUGCAAAUCGGUCACAUUCGGUAAGUCUGAUGAAGCAAAUUCGCCAAACUUGUUGAAUGUUCACAGGAUCGAAGCGGAGAAGAUUAUCCAAGGCCACAAAGGAAUCUUUUCUGGUUACGGAAAAUUUGAAGGUCAAGUAUCGUUGGAGGUAGACCAUUCUGUUACACCUUCAAUCCAACCUCCUCGUCGUGUUCCGAUCGCCCUGAGAAGCAAGUUGAAGAACGAAUUGGAAUCAUUGGAGAAGGAGGGAAUGAUCGUGAAGGAAGCCAGGCAUACCGAUUGGGUCAGCAACAUUGUGAUUGUGCAACGGGGUGACCCGGAAUCUUCAAGCAUCAGAAUCUGUCUUGAUCCUAUUCCACUCAACAAGGCGCUGAAGAGACCGAACCUACAGUUUGCUACACUGGAUGAAAUUCUUCCUGAGCUGGGCAAGGCGAAGGUGUUUUCUACUGCGGACGCCAAGAAAGGGUUUUGGCACGUAGAGCUCGACGAACCCAGCAGCAAGCUUACAACAUUUUGGACUCCUUUCGGUCGGUAUCGUUGGACUAGGCUGCCUUUUGGUAUCGCAUCAGCUCCUGAAAUCUUCCAGACGAAGCUGCAGGAGGUUAUCCAGGGUCUCGAAGGAGUCGAAUGUUUGGCAGACGAUUUGCUGAUAUUUGGAGUUGGGGAAACUUUGCAAGAAGCGCUCAUUAACCACAACAGAUGCUUGAAGAAUCUUCUAAUUCGCCUGGAAGAGCACAACGUAAAACUGAACAAAACGAAGCUCAAGCUCUGCCAAACGUCUGUGAAAUUCUUCGGACAUGUCCUGUCAAGCAAAGGUCUUCUACCAGAUGAGUCGAAGGUUGCUACGAUCCAAAAUUUUCCUACACCUCUCAACCGGAAGGAAAUACACCGUUUUAUUGGAAUGGUGAACUAUUUGGGCAGAUUUAUUCCAAAUCUUAGCAGCAACCUGACAAACCUUCGUAAGCUGAUUUCAGAUGAAGUUCCCUGGCGCUGGACGAAUAUUGAGGUGGAAGAGUUCAACCGAGUAAAGGGCUUGGUUGCAGACGUUGGAACCUUGCAGUACUAUAACCCAAGAAAACCAUUGACCAUUGAAUGCGAUGCAAGUUGCUUUGGAUUGGGAGUUGCUGUCUACCAGGAUGAAGGAAUAAUAGGCUAUGCCUCAAGGACGUUGACUGCGACUGAACGAAACUACGCGCAGAUGGAUAAGGAGCUGUUGGCGAUUCUGUUUGCGUGUGUUCGUUUCGACCAACUUGUGGUUGGAAAUCCGAAAACGAUUGUGAAGACCGAUCAUAAGCCCUUGAUCAGCAUUUUCCGGAAGCCUUUGUUGUCUGCUCCAAGAAGAUUGCAACAUAUGCUGCUCAACCUACAACGUUACAAUUUGGUAAUUGAGUUCGUCACAGGAAAGGAAAAUGUUGUGGCUGAUGCGCUAUCCCGUGCACCGUUCGAUGACAAGGCAGUGAAAGACGAAUAUAACAAGAUGCACAUUUACAAAGUGUUUGAUGAUGUCGAAGGGUUGGAGCUUACGAAGUUUCUUAACAUAUCGGACAGUUGCCUGAACGAGAUCAUGGAUGAAACGGUGAGGGAUCCUUGUAUGCAGAGCAUCAUCACUUUUGUUCAGCAAGGUUGGCCUGGAACGGCUGAUAAAGUACCAGAUGGACUCCGUGUGUAUUUCGGGUAUCGGGAUGAGAUAUCAGUACAGGAUGGAAUCGUUUUUCGACAUGAUCGCAUUCUUGUUCCACAUGCUUUGCGAAGAGAGAUGAUCGAAAAGUGUCACGUUAGUCACAAUGGGAGUGAAGCGACUCUCAAGUUGGCUAGAGCAAACCUGUUUUGGCCAGGCAUGAGCAGUCAAAUCAAGGAUGUCGUGAAAGGUUGUCCGGUUUGCGCAAAAUUUGCUUCGUCGCAGCCGAAUCCACCCAUGAUGAGUCAUCAAAUUCCCCUGUAUCCGUUCCAGUUGAUCUCGAUGGAUGUUUUCUUCAGUGAGUUCCGUGGUCGCAAUCAGAAGUUCCUGGUCACCGUCGACCACUAUUCAGAUUUCUUUGAGGUGGAUAUCCUAAAGGAUCUGACACCGGAAUCGGUUAUAGCAGCUUGCAGUAGAAAUUUCGCUCGACAUGGAAAACCACAAACCUUGUUGACCGACAAUGGAACGAACUUCCUCAACCAGAAAAUGAGGAAGUUUGCAACGGAAUGGGACAUCAAACACGUCACUUCGGCUCCUCAUCAUCAGCAGGCUAACGGGAAAUCGGAGGCAGCCGUGAAGAUUGCAAAGCGCUUACUGAAGAAAUCGGAGGAAACCGGAACGGACUUCUGGUAUGCACUUUUGCAUUGGAGGAACAUCCCGAAUAAGAUUGGCUCUAGUCCUGCUGCUCGUUUGUUUUCUCGUUCUACACGUUGUGGAAUACCAACAUCCGGGGCGAAUCUUAUGCCGAAAGUUGUCGAACAUGUUCCUGAAGCAAUCGAGGAGAACAGAAGGAAGAUUAAAUUGAAUUACGACAGAAAAACAAGAAACCUACCUGACCUACAGACUGGAUCACCCGUUUAUGUGCAGAUGAAUCCGGAAAUUUCAAAACAGUGGACGCCGAGAACCGUUGCCAAUCGCCUCAGUGAUCGGUCUUACACCGUGAAUGUGAAUGGCAGCAACUAUCGUCGGAGUUUGAUUCACUUGAAGCCGCGUAAGGAACCCGAAUCGUCGGCAGAAAAUUUAACAACAAACACAGUUCCAAAGCCAUCGGAGGGAGAAAACGAAGAAGAAAAUUGCAGUUAUCCAGUUGACAGUUCUCAAUCAGUUCUCACCCAGAAUUCUCACAACAAGUCACCAGCUCAGGCAGUGGUGCCAGUUUCGACUUCGCCGAUUCUACCGAUCGCAGCGCCUCGUAUGUGUCAGUCACCGAAGCCUAAGGAGAAUUUGAAUUCAGCAUCCAGUUCCAUCAACAGUCGUCCGAAACGGGUGUCUCGUAUUCCAGAGAAGCUGAUGGACUAUGUUAUUGAGUACAAGUGA